CAGUUUCAGUUAACUCCUCUGGCUGUCAAGGGAUAAGUGAAUUGUUGGGAUGAAAUUGGCGACCGUCUUCCUUAUUGGGAGCUAUUUCCUUUUAUGCUCUGCCAAUUUAUGUCAAGGCGCUCCAAAACAUCGCGGCUCAAUAGGGUGGGGAUCAUGGCCUCCUAGACCACCGAGCACGCAACCUAUCCAACCGUGCCAACCGACGCAGCCAACCCGACCUCCAUGCACUUGCUCACCCACUAAACCACAAUGUACCAAACCACCAAAAAAACCGACUUGUCCAACUCGUCCACCAACAAAGCCGACAUGUCGUCCAACCAAACCUCCGUGUCCUCCAACGAAAGCAACAUGUCCACCGACAAAGCCCACAUGUCGUCCAACGAAACCCACACGUCCACCAACAAAGCCCACAUGUCGUCCAACUAAACCUCCGUGUCCUCCAACGAAAUCAACAUGUCCACCAACAAAGCCCACAUGUCGUCCAACGAAACCCACACGUCCACCAACGAAACCAACAUGUCCACCAACAAAACCGACACAUCGUCCAACUAAACCUACAUGUCCUCCAACAAAGCCCACAUGUCGUCCAACAAAGCCCACACGUCCACCAACGAAACCAACUUGUCCACCAACAAAGCCCACAUGUCCACCGACGAAACCAACUUGCCCACCAACGAAACCAACUUGUCCACCAACAAAGCCCACAUGUCCACCGACGAAACCAACUUGCCCACCAACGAAACCAACUUGUCCACCAACUAAACCAACUUGUCCACCAACAAAGCCCACAUGUCCACCAACGAAACCAACUUGCCCACCAACAAAACCAACUUGUCCACCAACUAAACCAACUUGUCCACCAACAAAGCCCACAUGUCCACCAACGAAACCAACUUGCCCACCAACGAAACCAACUUGUCCACCAACAAAGCCCACAUGUCCACCGACGAAACCAACUUGUCCACCAACGAAACCAACUUGUCCACCAACUAAACCAACUUGUCCACCAACAAAGCCCACAUGUCCACCAACGAAACCAACUUGCCCACCAACGAAACCAACUUGUCCACCAACAAAACCGACAUGUCCACCAACAAAGCCCACAUGUCCGCCAACUAAACCAACUUGUCCACCAACAAAACCGACAUGUCCACCGACGAAACCAACUUGCCCACCAACGAAACCAACUUGUCCACCAACAAAGCCCACAUGUCCACCGACGAAACCAACUUGCCCACCAACGAAACCAACUUGUCCACCAACUAAACCAACUUGUCCACCAACAAAGCCCACAUGUCAACCAACGAAACCAACUUGCCCACCAACGAAACCAACUUGUCCACCAACUAAACCAACUUGUCCACCAACAAAGCCCACAUGUCCGCCAACUAAACCAACUUGUCCACCAACAAAACCGACAUGUCCACCAACGAAACCAACUUGCCCACCAACGAAACCAACUUGUCCACCAACAAAACCGACAUGUCCACCAACAAAGCCCACAUGUCCACCAACGAAACCAACUUGUCCACCAACUAAACCAACUUGUCCACCAACAAAGCCCACAUGUCCACCAACGAAACCAACUUGUCCACCAACUAAACCAACUUGUCCACCAACAAAGCCCACAUGUCCGCCAACUAAACCAACUUGUCCACCAACAAAACCGACAUGUCCACCAACGAAACCAACUUGCCCACCAACGAAACCAACUUGUCCACCAACAAAACCGACAUGUCCACCAACAAAGCCCACAUGUCCACCAACGAAACCAACUUGUCCACCAACUAAACCAACUUGUCCACCAACAAAGCCCACAUGUCCACCAACGAAACCAACUUGUCCACCAACUAAACCAACUUGUCCACCAACUAAACCAACUUGUCCACCAACAAAGCCCACAUGUCAACCAACGAAACCAACUUGCCCACCAACGAAACCAACUUGUCCACCAACUAAACCAACUUGUCCACCAACUAAACCAACUUGUCCACCAACAAAGCCCACAUGUCCACCAACGAAACCAACUUGUCCACCAACUAAACCAACUUGUCCACCAACAAAGCCCACAUGUCCACCAACGAAACCAACUUGUCCACCAACGAAACCAACUUGUCCACCAACUAAACCAACUUGUCCACCCAAAGCCCACAUGUCCACCAACGAAACCAACUUGCCCACCAACGAAACCAACUUGUCCACCAACUAA